CCUCCGGAAGUCGGGCCUCGGUCGCCCCGGAGACGCGCGUGAGGGCCGGGUUCCCUCACCAUGAGUGUCCGGGUCGCGCGGGCAGCCCGGGCCUGGGCCAGAAGCGCGAGCGGCCGCCGCGGCUCCUCGAACUGCCCGCGGCCUCCGCCGGCUGCUGUGGACGUGGCGGCGCUGCUGCGAGAUGCGACCGCGGCGGACGGAGGGUCCCAGGACGCGGAGGCGGCGGCGGGACGGCGGGAGCCGGGCCAGUGCUCGGUGCUGCUCUUCCCCGGCCAGGGCAGCCAGGUGGUGGGCAUGGGCCGCGGGCUGCUCCGCUACCCGCGCGUUCGCGAGCUUUACGACGCCGCCCGCCGUGUGCUCGGCUACGACCUGCUGGAGCUGAGCUUGCGCGGGCCGCAGGAGGCCCUGGACCGCACCGUGCACUGCCAGCCCGCCGUCUUCGUGGCUUCGCUGGCCGCCGUGGAGAAACUACAUCACCUGCAGCCCGCGGUUAUUGAGAACUGUGUUGCUGCUGCUGGAUUCAGUGUGGGAGAAUUUGCAGCCCUAGUGUUUGCUGGGGCCAUGGAAUUUUCUGAAGGUCUGUACGCAGUGAAAAUUCGAGCUGAGGCCAUGCAGGAAGCCUCGGAAGCCGUGCCCAGUGGCAUGUUGUCCGUCCUCGGCCAGCGUCAGUCCAAGUUCGCCAUCGCCUGUCUGGAAGCCCAGGAACACUGCAAGACUCAGGGCAUAGAGAACCCCGUGUGCGAGGUGUCCAACUACCUCUUUCCUGACUGCAGGGUGAUCUCGGGACACCUGGAGGCUCUGCAGUUUCUCCAGAAGAAUUCCUCUAAGUAUCACUUCAGACGCACCAGGAUGUUGCCGGUUAGCGGUGGGUUCCACACCCGCCUCAUGGAGCCGGCCGUGGAGCCCCUGGUGCAAGUGUUAAAGGCAAUUGAUGUCAAGAAGCCCCUGGUGUCCGUGCACUCGAACGUCGAUGGGAACAGAUACAUGCAUCCCAAACACAUCCAGAAGCUGCUGGCGCAGCAGGUGGUCUCGCCGGUGAAGUGGGAGCAGACGAUGCACGCCAUAUACGAGAGGAGGAAGGGCACCGCGUUCCCCCAGACGUUCGAGGUGGGGCCUGGGAAGCAGCUGGGCGCCAUCCUGAGGAGCUGUAACCUGCAGGCCUGGAGGUCCUACAGCCACGUGGAGGUGCUGGAGGCCGGCGAGGACCCAGAGGAGCCGCUGUAGGGCCUCCCGCGGGCCCUGGCGUGGACGGGCCACGGCCGAGGAGGACUCGGGCUCCGGGGGGCUGAGCCCAGCCUGACCGUCCUGGCAGGCCGCUGCCUCCACGUGAGCAGGAGGGUAAUGUGCUUCGAAUGCCCUGUGGAAAGCACUAGAAACGAGUGUUUCUUCACACACCAGGGUCCGUCUCUCCCCAGCAUGUCUGAGUGCUGGGGACCUGCGGCUGUGCUGAUUCUGUGAAGACCUGUGGGUUCCACCCCCGCCUCCUGGGCAGCUCACAUUGCCUCCCCAGGGCUCAGGUGGUUGCUCCGUAGGCAGGAGUGUUCUGAGGCCCGGGAAGGCCUGGCCUGCUGCCGUGUGGGCGCUGUGGGCCAUGGCUUGAGGCCAGCGCCAAACUCCCUCCUCUGCUAGCCCAGCCUCCUCUGGACACGAUGUGGCCAAAACCUUAGCUCCUUUGCCCCUGAAUCCAAAGGUCUUUAGGACCCAGCUGGCCUUGGCAGACAUUCGGUCCCCAUCACUCAACAGUUGGGAGACUGUGCCCCGUAUGUUUACUUACCCAACAGAAAGCAGCGAAUGCCUACUGUAUGCCAGGGAGCAAGUGGCCUCUGCCUUGGAGGGGAAAAAGGCCCUUUAGCAAGGCGGGAGCAGCGUGGGGAGGGUGGCCCUGCGUCCUCCCCCACACCCACGUCUGACUGCAGUCACCGAGUGCCUGCUGUGUGCCCAGAGCCGAGUCCGGCUCGGGCCUGCCCACCGAGCUUAUCCUUAGCCUGCUCCACACCGGAGCACAGCGCAGGGCCCGCUUCUAAUUCAGUAUUAAAUGUGAUCAGUUCUCACCUUC